CGCCUGGAUGCCACGCUGAUCCGAUCUCAACUCUUGACCAUUCCCCUCCCACCACAUCCAUCAGACAUCAUGGCGCGCAAGUUCUUCGUUGGCGGCAACUUUAAGAUGAACGGGUCGCAGAAGGCGAUCAAGGUCAUCGUCGACGACCUCAACAACGCCAAGCUUGACGGCUCGAACGAGGUCGUCAUCGCCCCGCCCGCGCUCUACCUCACCCAGGUGCGCGACACGAUCCAGGCCCCCGUCGAGGUCGCGGCCCAGAACGCCUACUUCAAGAACAGCGGCGCCUUCACCGGCGAGAUCUCGCCCGAGCAGAUCAAGGACGCCGGCAUCCCCUGGGUCAUCCUCGGCCACUCGGAGCGCCGCUCCCUCUUCGGCGACACCGAGGAGGUCGUCGCCGACAAGGUCAAGGCUGCGCUCGACCAGGGCCUCAAGGUCAUUGCCUGCAUCGGCGAGACUCUUGAGGAGCGUGAGAAGGGCGUCACCAACGACGUGUGCCAGAAGCAGCUCGGCGCGAUUGCCAAGGUGCUCGAGGAGAAGGACUGGGCCAACAUCGUUGUCGCCUACGAGCCCGUCUGGGCCAUCGGCACCGGCAAGGUCGCGACCAAGGACCAGGCGCAGGAGGUCCACGCCGACCUGCGCAAGUGGCUCGCGUCGACUGUCUCCCAGUCGGUCGCGGACGCCACCCGCAUCAUCUACGGCGGCUCGGUCAACGGCAAGAACUGCGGCGACCUCGGCGCCGCCGCUGACAUUGACGGUUUCCUCGUUGGCGGCGCCUCGCUCAAGCCCGAGUUCAUCGACAUUGCGCGCACCAAGAAGAACUGACUCAAGGCGCGGGUGUAGCGCUGCGCUGCGCUGCGGCGGACCACUGCACUCGACCCAAAGCUGCAGGGCGGCAAGGUAGAAGCAUGCAACAUUGCGGGUACAUCUGCCAAAUGUGGCUCUACAAAGUAUCUACAAAUGACUCUCUUCACGGCGUGCUUCGCUCCAGCCUGACAAGCUCUGAUGGCCAGCUCGUGGCUACCGCCCCGUCGGCCCCUGUGGCCACCGCGUGGGCUGCGGCGGCAUCCAGCCCGCCGGCGGCGUGGGGAACGUGUGCAGGCAGUACCUGCACUUGAGGCGGUUGGCGGCGACGACGAAGCAUCCGUGCGGGGUGUCGACGUGCUCCUGCACAACUACCCAGCGCGGCGCGCACCAGCCUGUUGUCAGCCGAGACGGAGAUAGACGCACCGCGGAUGUUCUCGCCACAUGGGCCGCCGGGGCAGGGGCGCGUG